CUUAUAGGAUAUGCACCUCAACUUUGCCACACGCACAAUAGGUACCCUAGACCACCCCCGAACUUCAAAUGCUGAUCUAAAUCACCUAUGUACCUCUUCUCACCAACUAUCUACUCACCAAUAUUGUCAAUAUGACAUCCACAAAGUUGUUCGAACUUCCGACUCCUGGUAAAUUCCUAUUGAUUCUCGUCGUGAUUCUGUGUAUCGGAGCGUUCGCGUAUCUAUCUGAAUACCUUACUCAACGUCGCGAGAGCCCAGAACACCUCGAUAGGAUUACCCAAUUUGAUAAUUGCGAAGACGUAUAUCUAGACAUUGUUUUCGUUCACGGCCUUGGAGCACACCCGUAUUAUACCUGGACAGCCAAUGGGCCACGUCCAGGCCUUGUGCCCAAAUCUGCGCCAAAUGGGCCAUCUACGAAAAGCGAAAUGAAAAUCAAUUGGCUUGAACAUGACGAUUUCCUGAAAAGGGACUUCAAGAAUGCAAGGAUCUUGUCAUUUGGUUAUAAUGCCAAUUGGUUCAUGGACGCCUCGUUGUCAACGGCACCACAAAAAGCCCUCACGUUUCUAAGGGCACUCUCUAAGUUUAGGCAAGAAACUAAGAGAACACCCCCUAUUAUCUUCAUCGGUCAUAGCUUUGGUGGGAUUCUUAUCAAAUACGCAAUUCACGAAGCAUACUUGAAUACAGAGUUCAGGGAUGUCACUGUCAACACUGCGAGUAUAUUAUUUCUAGGUACUCCUCAUCAAGGCUCGCCCGUAUCUAGAAUUGGCGAGAUCUUUGCCCGAUUAACUUCCUUCUCGGGAUCCGAUGCUACUCUCUUAAAGCUUCUGAGACACCAUAGCCCAGCCUUAUUGGAUUUGAAGCGUGACUUCUCUAAGGCCUGGGAGCACAUGAGGGGCAGCCAGAGACCAUUGAAGAUAUACUCAUUCUAUGAAACAAAACCCACGUUUAAGUUUGGGGUUUCAUUAGGCAUAAUCGUGGACGCCCAUUCGGCUACUCUCGAUAUUGGAGAGUUUAUCAGUGUAAACACGGACCAUUCUGGCCUAAACAAAUGCAAGACAGAGAAAGACGAACUUUACAAGAAGAUCUGCGAUGCUAUAAAGAGUGUCCAAGCCAAUUUACAAAAAGCAAUAGAAGCAACCGCUAAGUGGGUUAUAGGAUCUGAAGAUGCUUAUAAACACCAUAAAGACCAUAAAUUAGCAAGGGAAAAACUAGGCCGUUAUGAUAACAUAGGUGAAUGGCUCAUCGACUCGCCUCCUUUUCAAAAUUGGAGUAGCUUUUCAGAUAGUUCCAAGCGAACACUCUGGCUACGCGGUGGAGUUGGCACUGGAAAAACGUCGGUGACGUAAGUGAUUCCAUUUCUCAUUUUCAUUCCUUACGAACUACGUUUUACGGACCUAGGUAGAAGCUAAUAUUAUCAUAGCUCCGAAGUCAUCGAGUG